AUGGAGUUUUGGAUCGCUGUCGGGGGCCACCUCCACGCAAGCCUAAAGGGUUGGGGCGCGAACCAGGGGCGUGCUGACAAGAUCCUCAGGGAGAGGCUUCUUGCUGAAAUAAUCGUCCUUGAUAACCAAGCGGACACUCGUCCUUUCUCAGAGCAAGAAUGGGCGCAUCGAUACGCCUUGGAAGGGCAAGUCGAAGCUCUGUUGCGGGCAGAGGAGGAAUAUUGGAGGCGCAGGGGUGGUCUCAAAUGGACGCUCAAAGGAGACGCGAACACUCAGUAUUUCCACGCGUACGCGAACGGCAGACGUAGGAAAUGCUCAAUUCUUAGGUUGCAGUCGGAGCAGGGGCUUCUUCUACAACACUCGGAAAUCACCCAACAUAUCUACGACUUCUACAUAAGUCUGAUGGGGACCGACGAGGCACAACAAGCGCGCCUCAGCACGGAGGUGUGGCUCCCGUACCAAAAGGUACUACACAGUGAGAAUGAAGAGCUGGGGCUCGCGUUUCUCCCUAAGGAGAUUGAUGACGCUCUCCUAAGCAUGAAAACUGACACGGCUCCGGGGCCGGAUGGGUGGCCGGUGGCGAUGUUUAAGCGUUUUUGGCCAUUGCUCCGCGGCCCCAUUUACGAGGUGUGUAAUGGCUUCAUGCGUGGCUUUGUGGAUAUUGCUAGGUUAAACUACGGCGUCCUAUCGCUUAUCCCAAAGUGCCAGGGGCGGACAACAUACGCCAGUACAGACCUAUCGCGCUGA